AUGGUGAACGAUAUCCGCUCUCAGCCUGCUAAGGGCGCUUUCUACCUCUAUCAGGGUCUGGUCACUGCUUUCGUACGCUUACCGAUAUCGAUGCUGAGCAAUGCUCUCCCGGCUACUCGUCCUCGCCCGUCGUGGACUUUCAAGCAGGCUGUCCUGAGGGACAUGACCCACUUCAUCCAGGACCGACUUUCACGUGUCAAGGGCUUCCAUUUCAUCGCCGACGCAGAGCACCCGGUGACUGGCCCCGGCAUCAAGCUUUCCUGGGUCAACCCGGCCCAAGACACCCUCUUCACGUCGGAACUCCAGGAAUGGAUGCGCAUCACCAAGGCCUCGACCGCUCGUAUACCAGGCUACUGGAUCGACAACACGUCCAACAAUGCCACACUCGCCGGUGCCCCGCCAACCAAAGGCGAACGCAUUCUCUUCCACCUACACGGCGGCGGCUAUGUACGCAUGUCCGCGGCUCCUCAAGACCUCGCCGCCGACCUUCUGAGAGGCGUUAUGGAGCACUCUUCCAGCGUUACUCGCGCCUUCAAUCUUGAAUACCGCCUCGCCAGCGCGCCGCCCGACCAACCAGCCAAUGCGUUUCCCACCGCGCUCCUGGACGCAAUUGCAGGCUAUGUCUACCUCGUCAACGAAGUCGGUUUUGCGCCGGAAGACAUCAUUCUCAGCGGCGAUAGCGCCGGCGGGAAUCUCGCACUCGCGCUCUCGCGGUACCUCGUGGAGAAUACCGGGCUCGAAGCUCUGCCUGCUCCCCCGGGUGGGCUUGUGCUCGAGUCGCCGUGGGUCGAUAUGUCGGGAAGCCUUGAUAAGCAAUCUAUCGCGGACGGACUCUUCAAGUCGGACUACCUCAGCCUUCCCGGUACGAGAGUGCGCGAGUACUCCAUCGAAGCUUUCCUCGGCCCUUUAAGCCGCGACAUCUUGCUCAGCCGCUACAUUUCGCCCGCGAGCAUCGAACCCCGCGCGGAGGCCGUAUCUUUCGAAGGCUUCCCGCGUACUUUCGUUAGUGGCGGCGGUGGCGAGAGCUUUGCGCCGAGUAUCCGCCUGCUCGUCGAGCGUAUGAAGAAGGAUAUUGGGGAGGGGUGCACGUAUGUUGAGGCGGCCGACGCGGUGCAUGAUUUCCUCUUGUUCACGUACUGGGAGCCGGAGAGGACGAAGACGUUCAAGGAGAUUGGAGCUUGGAUCGAGCAGCUGUAA